UCUUUUUCUCCUGUCUCUCUUCUCCAAUGGAAGCCCAGCCAAAUAAUCCUUCGUCUUCAGGCCAUGCUCCCACCGAUGCUUCUGCUGCCGCCCCUCCGACCGUGCUGCAGCGCUUGAAGCGCAUCCAAGCUCUACUUGACACAUGCCGCACUGGGCUCGGUCUCACGGCGCCGCGCAAUGUGGAUCAAGGCCACGUGCAUCCAUACGCAGAUGCGCAUAUCGAAACCAUUCGCCAAGACGUCCGCGCCGAGCUGCGCGCGUUGACGCAGGCGCUCUCCAACUAUGGCGCAGCGGCUGCGUUGGCGCCAGUCACAGCGAGCAGGUUGCUCACUCAGCUCAAAGAUAAAGCUACCCGUCAGGCGGAAUCAAAGGUGUUUAGUGCAUCGCUUGCUGCAGCGUUGGCCGUGUUUGACCGAGGAACCAGGAUCUCGCCCAUCGACGAGCUUGAUUCGCAGCUGAGCAAGGUGGCUGCGGCCAACAACCUCCAGCUGCAAUCUCUGUCUUUCGAGGAAGGCAAUGCACGCUACCUCACGUCUCAAACGCUCUUCGUUGAGAUUGAGCGAUCACCGGGCUCCAACGUCCCUGAAAACGCGGCCGUUGCCGCGCCGAAUGAGCCGCUUGUUGCCGCCGUCAAAAUCCUCAUCACCGACGAGGAUGACGCGCAUCUCGACGACCCUCCCAUGCCCAUUAACGAUCCUUGGAUGCUGCACCUGCUUCAGCAGCGUCAUUUCGACGAGUUUGGCCGCCAGCUUGCCCGGCUCGCCGUUCUGGACAAUUCGUCUGCCUUUUCACAGCCGCGCGAAAAGUCCAACAUGGCCAAACUUUUGCGUCAACUGACGACCGAUUUGCACACUGUGGAAGCUGCCGAGAUGGCUGCUGCUCAGAAAAACUUGCAUCAAGUUGUUCAAAAAGGCCACGGCCUCCUGGCUCCUCGCAGCGGCGCUCGGCUCCUCGGGACAACCUUCUUUGCAUCGCACGAGACAUAUGCGCGCGUUGAGGCCAUGGUUGCGCGCCUUGAGCGAAUCCCUGGGCUUUCUGCCAACACUGACGAAGCUCGGAAGCUAGCCCGUGCUCUUUCCAUCCCAGCUGUUGCCGUCGACCAGCUGUUGGUUUUGAGGGCCUCCGACCAGACGCCAGAUGUUUUGCGACGAGAACUGUUGUUCAAGCUCGGCUUCUCUCUGCAGGUGGAUAUUGAGCGAGCGAGUUUGCAGUCAGUCAACAUCCAGCCGACCGUCGCGAAGGCAGGCGACGAAUUCUCGUUGGUUGCAAACAAGAUUUCGCGUGGCUUGACAACCAUCGUUCCGUCACCGUACGAGAGCGACGAAGUUUCGCAUGCAAGCGUUCCAGGCACACUCGCAGCUACCCUUAACUGGCACAUUCCCGUUUGUGUCUCUGUUCUGCAAGAGCUCGAGACGAAUGUUCUCGGCAAGUCAGCAAAUAUCACCGAGGUGUCGUCCAAUGGGUCGGUAUCUGUCGAGCAGCUUGUUCUCGAUACCCUUCAGAGCUCGGGAAUGUUCUCUGAGCAUUUGCGAGUCGGGGACUCCAACUAUCUGUUCAGCAUUCCUCUAGACCAAGGCACCCCUGCUGUGCUGGUUAGCCGCUUCCCUAUUGUGAACAUUGCCCAGCUACAUGCUGUGGAACAGGCUUUCCGCCAGCAAAUCGUCUUCAACCAAUUGUUGGCCAGCUGCGCUGCAGAGCUAGCUCCUGAAGUUCGAAUCGCCAAUCGCGGCCAGUCCAGUGAGCCACAUCAGCGCUUUGAAAUCGCACUCCAACCACCCCGAUUGAUCUCGGUAGUGUUUGAGCGCCCAGCUUCUUCGUCGAUGGCCAAUUUGACGAUUCGUAUCGAAUCAGGUGGCAACAUCACUGCCGCCAUUCGCGACUCGGACCCGUCACCGACUGCUCCGCUUCCAGAUGCGGGCGUGCUGUCCGAGUUGCUCAAUUAUUCUCUCAAUAUUCCGCUGUGCAUGCAUCAUGUGUUGGGCCGCAAAUUUUCCGAGCCCCCCGCUCAGGCUGCCGCCGCAGCGCCACUUUCAGAAGGCUUUCGUACUUCUGCGCGGCGAAGACACGAAGACGCAGCAGAAGACGAUGAAACGACCGUUUCCACAUCGGCAGAUGCCGACGGAAGCGCUGCCAAACGGCGCCGUGUCGAGUGAUUGAUUUAAUUGCAAAAGCAUCAAGCCAUUUUUCUUUUAACUUUUUUUCAUUUCUGUUGUUAACCAAAUCCAUACAACUCAACUACAU